AUGGAGAGUACAAAAUUUUCUGCUGAGGAUCCAGUUUCUGAUGACGAGGAAACCGUGGCGACAGAAAAGAAGAGAAAGGGUUUCGUAGGAUGUCUUAUCAACAACUGGUUCAUGAUUACCACCAUCAUUGGUGUUAUCAUCGGUUUCGGUGCCGGAUUCGGCAUUCAAAAAGUCGGAUUGGAUGAAACUGGCAAAACAUGGCUUGCUAUGCCUGGCAACAUCUACAUUCGCAUGCUUAAGUUAACCAUUCUUCCCAUGAUUUCCGCAAACAUCAUCAUUGUCAUGGCCAACCUCAACCCGAAAGAGAAUGGGAAAGUCAGUGGUAUUGCUCUUGGCUUCAUUCUCGUCUUCAACCUUCUGAGCGCACUUAUCGGAGUCGCCUAUUCGUACAUCAUCAAUCCAGGUGCAGGUGGUGCUAUUGGCACUGACUUUGAUGAUGGUGGUUUGUGGUUAUGUGGAGUGCAUAACGCAGCGUUCACUUUCAGGAACAUCUUCCCCGACAACAUUGUUGGUGUGACGAUCAACCAGGCAAGCACUGAUUUUGAAAAGCCGCAUGUCAACAGCCAUGGCGAAGUCACUUACCCCUCAAUCACUGUGGAUGGAACGAACAUGAUCGGUGUGCUCUUCUGUUCCCUCACCUUUGGUAUCGCAGCCAACGCCGCGAAGGAGAAGGGUGAGCCAUUUAAGAAGUUCUUCGGUUCCCUCGGUGAAAUCGUGAUGCUGUUGAUGCAGAAGUUCCUUCUGGUAACACCAGUCGGUGUAAUGUUUAUGGUGAUGAGCUCAAUUGCGGAGGUGGAGGACAUUGAAACCACCUUCAUUUCACUCGGAUUCUUCGUGCUCCUCAAUGUUGUGGGUCAAAUCACUCAUUUCAUCUUCCUCCUCCUCAGUCUUGUUGUGCUGUGCAAGAAUCCCUUCAAGAUUCUCAAGUACUCCUUCCCUAGCUACUUCAUCGCAUUUGCCACAACAUCCGCUGUGGUCUGUCUACCGAAGGCCUUCAUCGCCUGCGAUAAAUACGGCAUUCCUCAUCGCAUCUCGCGGUUUGUGCUGCCGUUUGCUGGAACCAUGAAGAGUGAUGCUUCAGCGAUCUUCAUUGCAGCCUCUUGCAUGUUCGUUGCCCAACAAUCGAAUAUUGAGCUUGACGCUGGCAAAGUUGUCAUCGUGAUCAUUCUCUCUUUCGCGUACGUGACCGCGUUGCCCAAUAUUCCGAGCGCCAGUGUGGUAGCAGUGGUCACCAUUCUGUCAUCCAUUGGUGUGGAUGAGAAGGGUGCUUCGCUACUCUACGCUGUGGAGUUUAUAAAUGACCGUCUUAGGUCGGGUAAUAUUGCACUUUCACAUCUCUACUGUGCCGCAUUCACUUACCAUGCGACGGAGAAGGAUGUGGUGGAGGAAGACGCUGAAGAUUUGGAACAAUAUCUUUCGGAAGAAGAAUCCCUAAAAUGA